ACGAAGAAUUUUACCCGCUGCUCCUGUCUGGUCCGCGAUGAACUAAAUAUAUUAAUUAAAUUUAAACGCGAGUUGCUUUCAAGACAAAUCACCGAAUUCCAAGAUCUGUGAUUCUAAGGAUUAGAAAAAUACAGAAUGGGUAACAACGCUAGCUUCAACGUACAGAUGGAAGCGCCGAAAGGUGUGCCGGCCGAUCAUGCCAAGCACAUGGCCGCAGGUGGCUCACCGCCGCCGGAGUGCCCCAUGCACCAGAAGCAGGGGGGCGAUAACAAAUCUGCCUCGGCAGUGCCCCCACAUCCCAAAAUGCAGCAGGCCUCUGAGUGCCCAGUGCAGCAUGACAAUAGCGAUGUGAAUCCACUCAAUAUGAUGCCGCCGGCCAAUCAACAGCCGUCACCAGGCCAGCCCUUCGCACUGCCCACGGAUCGCCAGACAUCAACGAUACCGAAGGUGACCGAGGACGGAAGCGUACAGUUCUGGCAGUAUCCCAGCCAACAGAUGUUCUGGAACGCAAUGCUGCGCAAGGGAUGGCGCUGGAAGAAGGAGGACGUGGACCAAAAGGACAUGGGCGAUAUCAUUCGCAUACACAACGCCAACAAUGAGCAGGCCUGGCAGGAGGUGCUCAAGUGGGAGGCCCUGCAUGCCAAAGAGUGCGGAAAUCCGCGCCUCAAGAGCUUUGGCGGCAAGGCCAAGGACUUCAGUCCCCGUGCCCGUUUCCGCAGCUUGUUGGGAUAUGAACUGCCUUUUGAUCGUCAUGACUGGAUUGUGGAUCGCUGCGGCAAAGAUGUCCGCUACGUCAUUGACUACUACGACGGGGGACUUGUGGACAAGGACUAUCGCUUCGCCCUGUUGGAUGUGCGUCCAGCCAUGGAUUCGGUCGACAAUGUCUGGGAUCGCAUGCGCGUGACCUACAUGCGCUGGAGGUACGAGCUCACCGACAAGUUUGCCAGCAACGACAAGGAUGGCAGCAAGGCGUCCGCCAGCGACUAGAAACCCGGUUACAUCGUAUCGUAUCUGUAAAAAAUUGGACUAAGUUAUUAAAGCAAAGUAGAAUUAA